CGAAAGAGGGCGUGAUCAGUUUGUUUACUAAUAAAAUCAAAAGAUUCAGAUCGGUAGGUGUCGGAAGUGCUCUUAUUUUAUUAAGUUUGGAGAAUGUAGACAGAGAAACUAUUUGUCUAUGGCUAGGAGUGGAAGGAGACGAAAUCAGGGUGCUUCUCUGGAUGAUGACUUGGCAGGUCUCCUUGGAGAUGAUGAUGAUGAUUUCUUCAAAAGUGGAAAGAAAUCUUCAAGCAAAUCAAAGCAAUUGCCAACUGAUGAAGACUUUUACAGCAACUUGGCUGCAGAUGUUGAUAUUACUGAAUCAGAGGUGUCGGAGGCUGAUGCGGCUCAAAUGGCUAAGAGUCUGGCUGAUAUGGAUGGUAUGGAUGAAGAUCUUUUUGGUGGCACUUUGAAGAAAGCCAAAUCACCCAGGAACAGAAGAGCCAAAGGCUUAGGAGAAACUUACACCAUGAAUGAGAGAACUGGCUCCUCGGAAGCCGCAGAUUUAGGUAAUACAUUUACUAUCGAUAGAACUAGUGUUGAUGAUGCAAGGCCUAGGACUAGUCGAGGGAGACGAGAACCCCUAACCAGCGCUGGUGACACAACUUCUAAGGAUACUGGAAAAGCUGCAGAUAUUUUAAAACUUGAUGAUGAAUCUGACUCUCCAAAGAAAACAGAAGCAAAGCCAGCUCAGAAGAAAUAUGAAGCAAAGAAAUUCGAUUUUGGAGAAUUUGAUGAGGAUGACCCCCUUGCUGGUCUUCUGUCAGAUGACGAUGAUAAUGCAGCACCCAAGAAAAAGGCACCUCCAAAACAUCAGCCCAAGAAACAACCAGAAACGAGGGAGAAAAAAGAGGAAACAAAGAAUAUACCAAAGGAAGAAGAGCCGAAAAAAUCGCUAUCUGCUAGCCCAUCAGAGAGCCCCAAACCUAGCCUAACACCCAGUCCUAAGCCCAGCCAGCGGAGUAGGGCUAAACCGCAUGUUGAUAUUGAUUUUGAUGAUGAUUCUGAUGUCCUGGACACUCUUGGCUUUGACAGUACACCUAGAGAAACUGCAAAGAAUGAUCCAGAAGCGAAAGAGAAAGCUGCUGCCAAGUCAAAGGUCAGUGCAUUAUUCGGAGCAAGCUCUGCCAAGAAGCUUCUUGAAAAACCGCCGGCAUCUCAGAAGAAGGAAUUUGUUUUGGACAAGAAAUAUACAAAGAAAGAACCAGAACCAAAGGUUUUGAAAGAGGAUGAUUUCCAGUUUGGUUCUUAUAUGCCAUCAGCUGUUGUUGAAGUCACCACUGGCAGACCAGAGUCUGCUCCCCCAGAACGCCGCUCAGUCAGAUUUUCUGAUGAUGAGCUCCCUGGCAGAUCAUCAUCCCUUGGGCGACCUAGAGGACGCGCACACAUCAAAGCAACGCUCGAUGCUGAUUCACCAAGGAGCCGAUCAGCAGAACCAUCUAACAGGAUCCGACAACCAGAAACGAAAAAACAAACAACAAGUGAUGAUGAUUGGUUGGACAUGGCAAUCUCAAAAAAGCGUGAUAAUUCAAGACUUGACGAGGAGAAAGAGCAAAUGUCGAAAGCAGAGGUGAAGCAACCGAUUUCUAAAGCAUCUGUUAAACAGGCGAACGAGGUAUUAAAACCACAAGCAGAUUACCUUGGUCUCGGAGACGACAUCGAUCCAGACGACUUACUAGGCCCAAAGAAAUCCCAAAACAGAAGUGCAACCCCUGACACCUCUUUGUUUACACCACCUGCGACCAGAGAUACCACGUCUCCAUUUCCAUGGGAUUCUCCUUCACCUCGAAGGUCAAGCCUGAGGUCAGGGGAGAUGAGCAGCUCUAAUUACCAACAUCCAUCGUCAAAGCAAAACACUUAUGAUUUUGAUAAGGAUGAUUAUGAUAACGACGACAAUGAGGAGCCAUUACAGACAAGCCUUCUAAGUCAGCAGAUUGAGCAGAUGAAGAAAAUGGAGGAAGCAGAAGAACGUGCAAAAGAACAGAAAGAAAGAGCACCAUCUACUAAAAGACAACCUUCUUGGAGGCAAGAAUUAAAGCAACAGCAGGAACUGAGGCAACAACAACAAAUACAGUCUGACAUAUCAGCAGCCCCUCUGCAAAGUAAAGAUGGGCAUCCUGCUGGUUUACCAAGGCAAGAGAUUCCACGACAAAUGCCUUCUAAUACUGUGGAGACACAGUUUAGAAAUGUUUCUAGUUUACCCUCAACACCAUCAACUAUGAAUGAGAUGCAGUUAAAACAGAGGGAAUACCAGCAGAAAAUGGAUCAGAUGUCACAGAAUUUGAAGAGACAGCAGGAGGAGCAACAGAGACAAUGGGUUGAGCAACAAGAAAGACAGAUGAGAGUAUUGCACGAGCAACAGCAAGAGGCAAUGGAGAGACAACUCAAGCAGCAAGAGGAUCAACUGAGGAUUCAACAACAGAUGAUGUCAUCACAGAUGACGUCUCCAAUGGCCACGAUGCCUAUGAUUGGUGGAUUAUCUUCUGUGCCAACAUUUCAAGCCACUUCUUCAGCUCAUCUUGAAGCAUCCCUAAAUCUGGCAACUUUAGAAGGAAAGGUUCAAACUCUUGAGAUGGAAAAGAACCACUUGCAGAACUUGCUGGAGAAUACACGGCAGAGGAGGCAAGAAGAAUUGGAAGCUGUUGAAAAUUCCCAUAAAAGCCACAUAGGUCUAUUGGAAGACAUGUCAAAGAGGAAAGAAGCACAGCUGAAGAAGGAGAUAGAGCAGCAAUCAUUGCAGCAAAUGGCAAGACUUAAGACUGAGGAUGAUGAGAAGUCAGAGAUCCGGCAGGCUUACCACAAGAAACUGAUGCUGCUGGAAAAAGAACGAGAACAAGAGAUUGAAAAUAUAAAGGCAAUUCACAGAAGAUCAAUUGAGGAACUGAAAAGCGAGCACAAGGGAGAGGUGGAAAGGCUGAAGCGAAUUCACGAACAAGAGAAGGAUGCUAUCAAUACAGCUCAGUCACACUCCAAGUCUAUACAGGCGGUACUUAACCGUGUCCAUGCAAACACGUCUGACCUGAGUAGUCUGCAGGUCAAGCUAGAGGGCAGGCAUCAGUCUCAUUUAGACGAGAAGGAGAUUGAGUUUCGACACAAGGACCAACAAUUGAAAAUCCUUGAGGAUCGACUGAACAGACAAAAAGACGACAUGGACGAAGAGAGAACUCGUCUUCAGGAGCUGAUCGGACGAUUGGAAGCACACAUUAGACAACAAGCCAAAGAGUUAGAACAGGAAGAAUGGAAGGUGAAACAAGAACAAAUAAAGCUUGAUAGUCUGAGGGUUUCAAUGGAAGAAGAGAACAAGAUGGUGGCUGAGAAGAUGGCAAUGGAUCGUAUUGAAGUACAGAAGUCAAAGGAUGCCUUGUUAGCAGAGCAGAAAGCCAUAAUGCAGCAGUUGUUUGAUGAGCGCAAGGGCCUGGCAGCAGAGCGUGCCCAGUUGGCUGCUGCACAGAGGGUCAUUUUGGAUCGAGAGAACAGGGACCAUUCCAGAACACUACAGGAGGAUGCUGAAAGGGAAGGUACAAUUCAAGGGAUCGUUGAAGAGAAGGCUGCAAUCUCCAUGAAGGUGAACAUACUCAAGCAGGACCAUGAAAGACUGAUGCUGGAGAAACAGCAGCUAGGCCAUGCGAGAGACCAGGUGGAGGAUGAGAAGGCCACCCUCAAAGAACUUGCAGACACUUUGAAGAGAAGAUCUGAGGACAUACAGCAGACAGUAUUGGACGCAGCAAGAGUGAGAGAGGAAGGAGAAUCGGCUCUGCACGCAGCUAGAACUAUCGAGGGUGAACAAAAUGAGCGGCUAAUGGCUAUCCAGGGUCAAAUUAAAGUCCUACGUGCAACUGAACGACAAAUUGCUCAGGAGAGGUUGCAGCUUGUUUCUGAGCGCAAGUCCCUCGAGGAUGUUAAGCAUUCUACUUUGUGUGUUCGUUGUGGAGGCCCUGCUGGGUUUGGAGCUUCAACUGGCUUUAACACUUUACAGCAGAGCCUAGGCCAUGGUACCCCCUACUUGCUUCAGCCUGCAUCACCUAUAAACCUUACUGCGACACUCGGCUCAACAAACGGACUAGACGAGAAGACCCUAGAUGUCAUCCUAGCCCAGGCAGAGAAGGAUCAUUCAUUGAGAAUGUGGAAGAGAGCUGCUGAGAAGGACAAAGAAUACCUUGAUGAAGAAAGUAUUUUCCUUGAGAGUUUGAAGCGACCGUCUUCAUCUCUGCAUGUUUCAUGAUAUCAGAAAGUAAAACUAUUCUAGAGGAAAUAUUUGUCCAGUAAAUUGGAUAGGUGUGGUAAGGUGUGGUGCGAUUUGAAGUGAUGUCAGAUGAGGCGAGGUGGAAUGAGGUGAGAAAUGAAGAGAGAAAAGAAGAUGGGAUGAAGUGACAUAUUGUCAGAUGAGAUAAAGAGAAUGACAAAUAAAAAUAAAGGUGAAUUGAGGUCAGUUAAGGCAAGGAGAGGCUGUGUAUUUGUCGUAAGAUAAAAAUGAGAAUUACCUCAAACCUAAAAGGGUUGAAAUAAUCUGUGUUAGAUUAGAAUUACCUUGUUGCUUUAAUCUAAAUUUUUAUUGAAUAUUUUGUAAAUUGUGAUAUUUGUAGAUAUGUGAAUUUUAUAUUUUUGUGCUGCACUUUAUAUCAUUUUAAUAAAUAUUCUUUUGCAUUUGAUAUACAAUAAUUAAAGUUCAGUUGGUAAUUUUGUUUUUGUAUUGUUUGUAAAUGAACAAAAUUGAAAAUAAGAUCCUAAGUUUAAAAUUAUAGAAUAAUAAGUCCUAAAAAAUUGUUUGUUUGCCCUCCAGCGCCUGCCCCUAGCUCAAAGAAUGUAUUAAUGGAAUUAAUGGAGUUUUUAUAGAAUGUUUUUGUAAAUUGUGAUAUGUGUAUUCAUAUGUGAAUUUUAUAUAUUUGUGCUGCAAUUUAUAUUAUUUUUCAAUAAAUAUUCUUUUGCAUUUGAUAUACAAUAA